AUGUCUAACUGGGUUGGAUAUGCCGUCUCGGUGAACUGUGGCGAGCCACUCGGCUGCUACCAGGGAACUAUUUUAGAGGCAGAUGGUAACACAAUAACUUUAACAAAAGCUUUCAGGAACGGCUUCCCCUACCCCAAGUCUCAAGUGACUCUUAAUGCUGCAGAUAUCAAGGAUCUGAAAAUAAUCGAGUCCCGUGCGGAGCCGUCGGAACAGACGCACAGCACUGUAGCAGUUGCCAAGAAUAAUAAAAAAGUUCAACGCGCCACUGUGUGCGAGACCCUCCAAGCUAAUCCGACUAGUUCCACAGGCAACCAGGCAUCGGCGUGUAACGCUAACUGUAACAAGACCAGCGGUAAUAAUCGUGGCGCAGUCGGGCCGACGCGGAGCAAGCCCAUAGACAUACAGGGUCAGCGAAACAAUAAAAAUAACAAUCAUGCAGGCAGCUACGGCGCGUCGAGCUCUACGCCCAAGGGGCGCGGGGCGGGCGGCGGAGGCGGGGGCGGGGGCGGGGGAGGGAGCGGCGGGCCCGGCGACAAGGCGCGCCGCCGCAACGAGGCGUGCUUCGGCGACGCCGCCGACCCCGCCCUGCACGACGACUUCGAUUUCGAGGGCAACCUCGCGCUCUUCAACAAGCGCGCGCUCUGGGAGCAGAUCCGCAACUCGCACAAACCGGACGUGGUGCGGCACGCGGACGACGUGGGCAAGUUCCGGCACGACGAGAACGUGCUCGGCGCCGCGCCGGCCCCGCGCCGCACCAUCCGCCUGCCGGACGAGCUGCGCGGCCCCGUCGACUACGUCACGGACGAGGGCCUCGGCGUGCCCUCGGCCGCGCUGCGCCUGCGCGCCCGCCUGUGGGCCGCGCUGCGCACGCGCGGCCUGCUGCCCGGCUCGCUCACGCUGCUGGCGCGCGCCGCCGCCGACGUGGCGCUGCGCCUGGUGGGCGGCGGCCGGCGCCUGGACCCGCGCAACGCGCACCAGACCCCCACCGUGGUGGCGCUGGUGGGGCCGCACGCGGCGGGCGCGGCGGGGCUGGCGGCGGCGCGCGUGCUGGCGUCCCACGGCGCGUACGCCGCCGCUCUGCUGGCCGCGCCCGCGCCCUCCGCGCCCGACGCGGCGCUGGCGCGCGAGCUGAGCGCGCUGGCGUGCGCCGGCGUGGAGCUGGCGGCGGCGCCCGACGCGCUGCCGCGGCCCGACGUGCUGCUGCUGGCGCUGCACGACCCCGAGCUGGGCGACGGCCAGGCGCGCUACUCCGACGCGCUGCGCUGGGCGGGCGGCGCGCGCGCGGCCGUGGUGGCGCUGGAGCCGCCGGCGGAGGGCUGGGAGGGCGUGAGCGCGCGCGCCGCCGUGGUGGGCUUGGUGCCGCCGGCGCUGGCGCCGUCGCUGGGCCGCGUGUACCUGGCCAACGUGGCGCCGCCCGAGCGCCUGUUCGCGGAGCACGGCGUGGCCUACCGCCCGCCCUUCGGCGCCUCGCCCGUGCUGGCGCUGCACCCCGCCGACGACUGA